AUGAGCAAUAAAAAACCUACGAAUCCAAAAGAAAACCCAUAUGUCCCCAAAUAUAUUAAAGAUGUUCCGUGGUUUCAAGAACAAACCAAUCCAAAUGAUUAUUUAUCACAUCAUAGAAAUGGGAAUAAAGAAGAAGAAAUUUUAAAUUCAGAACCUAAAAUAGGAGCAGGUAUUAAAGAUGAAUUUAUAUCAGUACAGCCCGAGGUUCAACCCAAACCAAAAUUUAAGAAAUUAAGAGGGAAGAAGGGAUGUUUAAAUUGUGGUGGUAUUGAUCAUGAUCAAAAAAAUUGUUUAGAAAAACCUGGGAAAUCAAAAAUCAAUAAUAAAGUUGAAAAACCAAUAUUAAAUAAAAGAAAUGAAGAAUUAGAUUAUGAUGGACAAAGAGAUCGAUGGUAUGGAUAUGAUUCAAAAGAUUAUAAAAAAUAUUUAACAAAUUGGGAAAUAAAACAAAAAGAAAAAGAGAAUGAAGCAGAUAAUACAAAACAAUAUGAUACAGAUGAAGAAAUUGAAUUAAAGGAAUUAGGAUUAGAUCAUGAUUUAGAAUUUAUAAAUACUGAAAAACAACCAGGUGAAAAAACUAUUCGAAUUCGUGAAGAUAAAGCAAUAUAUUUACAAAAUUAUACAAAUGAUAAUAUAACAUAUGACCCAAAGAGUAGAAUGAUUAGAGAUCAAUCAACUGGUUUUUUCAAUGAACAAAAUCUAUUUGUUAAACAUAUGACUGGCGAUGCUCUUAAAUAUGAAAAAACUAAAACAUUUGCAUGGGAUGAAGAGAAAAAAGGUGUUGAUGCAUCAAAUUAUGCAUCAAAUCCAACUUUAGCAGAUAUUAAAAUUAAUGAAACAAAAAAUGAAAAUCGUAUAAAGAGUGAAAAGGUUAAGAGUGAAUUAAUGAAGAAAUAUGAUGGUUCUUUAUCAAUUAAAGACCAAAGUGAUGAAGAAGAAGAAUCAGAACCAGAACCUCAAUAUAAAGAUUUUACAAUUUCUAAAUAUAUUGAAGAUGAAUAUAUAAAUAAUCAUACAAGUGUUUGGGGAAGUUAUUAUAAAGAUGGGAAAUGGGGGUAUCAAUGUUGUAAAGGAAUGUUUAAGAAUAGUUAUUGUAAUAAAUGA